GAAUCUUUUUAUCGGGGCAAGUCAUUGUUUUGGCAAUGAGUUGUUAUUUCUUGAGAAAGAUUUGAUUUUGUUUUGGGUUCUUGAGAUGAAUUGAUUAUAUGUUGGAGUUAAAAAUCUUGUUGCGUUACUUUUGGUUAUUCAUGAUUCUUGAUGUAUUGAUACACUAUUUGUUUUGGUUUUUGAAUGUUAGUACUAUGUUUGGUGCAUAUUUUACAGUUGUGCUUUUGAUAUACAGCUGGUUUUUGAAGAAGUAUAUACAUAUAUUCUAGCUGAUAUGAUAGAACAUAUGUGUUGUUUUGGUAAUUAGAGGUAGAAUCUAGUACAUGUAUCCAAGUGAUUUGCAAUAGGACUGAAGGCAUUUGUUCUUGAAUAGUUGACAAGAUUUUAUUCAUAUUCUUAGAAGUAGACGGCAGAUGAAAUUGGCAGAAUCUUGAGUUGCCUAAUAUUAAAGCAGUCUAGCACUUUGUUUGGUGAAAAAUGUUUAUGUUGUUAGUAUUGGAACAGCUGACAAUUCCUUUACCUUGGUGGAAGGUUAAGUGUACAUGGAUCUAGUUGGACUUUUGGACAGGUUAGUUUUGAUAGGUCUUUAUGAAGGGUGAAUAUGUUCCAUCUAGUUUUAAUGGGGAGUGGGAUAUAUCUACCACUCAGUUGUCCUCUGGAUUCUGGCCUCUAAUUUGCUAACGUGAGUGCUUCAUAAAUGACUUGAUAUGAUAAAUUGUUCGUUGGCAAGGAUAUCGGCACCGUUAGAGUUAAUUGUUGCGCAAGUCCAUAAAAAAGGGGGUGGGGGGGCUAACGGAACCUUAAAUUGCUUGAAGCCAAGUCGAUGCAUGCCGUAAACUGCAUAAGAAUCUAAAUGAGCUCUCUUCAGUCACAGACAAGAACUGAUGAAGAGAUUUUUUUAAGAGUUUUUUUUAUAAAAAACAAGGUGAAUCUUUCUAGUGUUUAUUUCUGUGAAGGAAAUUGUACUCCUAACCAGUACAAAUAAAAUUUUGCUGUGAAUAUGUUUGGAGGAAAAAAUGGCAAUGCAACAAUUCCUGUAUUUAUUGAUGAAAACAAAGCGCGGUAUCCUACGAAUGCAUCUAAUCAGCUGCAGCUAUUUGGAAACACUUUUUCAAUUUGUGCUAUAGUAUCAGCUGGUGGCACAACUGAUCCAUUAAAUGUUUUUGGGAGAGAGCAUAAUAAUGCAAUGUUUCGACCUAAUAAACGGGGGAGGGAAGCAGAAACUAUUUCCAGGCAGCAAAGGCUUCAGUUUUCCCUGAAUCAGAACACCUGCAAUGAUGAAGCUGACCAAGUUGCAUGUAUCCCAAUUCAAAAUCCUGUAUCUACUGGUCUAAGACUGUCAUAUGAUGACGAUGAGCGGAACUCCUCAAUUACUUCUGGUAGUGGAAGCAUGGCGGCUUCACCACCUAUCAUCUUGUCUCUUGGUGACAACCUUAGGAAUGAACUGGAGCGACAGGAAGAAGAAUUUAAUAACUAUUUCAAAAUUCAGGAGGAAAACUUAGUAAAGGGUGUGAAGGACUUAAAGCAGCGGCAGAUGGUAUCUUUUAUGACAGCUAUUGAGAAAAGUGUUGGUAAGAAGUUGCAUGAGAAAGACUUCGAGAUAGAAAACAUAAAUCGCAAAAACAGGGAACUGAUGGAGAGAAUAAAGCAGGUAGCUGCUGAUGCGCAGAAUUGGCACUACAAGGCCAAGUACAAUGAGUCGCUUGUUAAUAUACUGAAAACAAAUCUCCAACAAACAUUAUCACAGGGUGCUGCACAAAUGAAGGAAGGAUUUGGGGACAGUGAUCUUGACGAUACUGCCUCCUACAUUAACCCAGCUAACUUUCUUGGUGUACCCAGUGUCCCAGGAAGGACGACUUCAGUGAAGAACGGUAAUAUGCUUUGUAAAGUUUGCAACGUCAAAGAAGUUUCUUUCUUAUUGAUGCCCUGUAGACACUUGUGUUUGUGUAAUAAUUGUGAAGGAAGGGUUGUCGCUUGUCCUGUAUGCCAGUCGAUAAAAACUGCGGGUGUCCAGGUUUACUUAUCUUAGAUACCAAACCAUAUAAAACUCGGGAAACGAAAGGUCAUAUAUGAAAGUUGAACGUCUUUUGCUGUAACUAUGAAAUGUAUGCAUGUCCAUGACAUGUUUCUUCAAGAUGGAUUACACCAUCUUGUUAUGACUGUGUCUUGAAAUGCUCUUUGAUAUGGAUAUGUUGCUGACUUGCUUA